CUCUUACUCGCCUACAGGAAGCGACGAGCCCAAAACACGGCGAAUUGUCUAAAAGUACCGCUCCGAUCCUGUCCCUCCGCGCUGCAUCCACAUUUACGCACUUCUAGUCCAACCCUGGGCUCCAAAACCAGCCGAAACACAACGCGUAACCGUCCUUAAAAGAGUUACGUGGCAUUACCGUAAGCAUGCGUUUUCCAUGAAGUUUUAUCUCACCUGCUCGAGACGCAGCGCACGAGGCUUUAGUUCACUCCAGUCAUGGCCCAGACCUCCAGUAUCCCCUAUGAGCCUGUGGCAGAGAUCGGGGGCGGGGCUUAUGGGACGGUGUAUAAGGCGAGGGACACGACGAGCGGAGAGUUCGUGGCUCUGAAAAGUGUCCGAGUCCAGACCGACCAGAACGGACUCCCCAUCAGCACCGUGAGGGAGGUGGCGCUGCUCAGGAGACUAGAGCAGUUUGACCACCCCAACGUCGUCAGAUUAAUGGACGUUUGUGCGACCCAGAGAUCGGACCAAGAGACUAAAGUCACUUUAGUGUUUGAACACGUUGACCAAGAUCUGAAAACAUACCUGGAGAAAGCGCCCCCAGCUGGACUCUCCCCAGAACGCAUUAAAGACAUGAUGAGGCAGCUGUUGUGCGGUCUGGUGUUCCUUCAUUCGAACUGCGUGAUCCACCGAGACCUGAAGCCUGAGAACAUCCUGGUCACGAGUCAAGGGCAGAUCAAACUCGCCGACUUCGGGCUGGCAAGGAUCUACAGCUGCCACAUGGCCCUCACUCCAGUGGUGGUGACUUUGUGGUACCGCCCCCCAGAGGUCCUCCUCCAGUCCAGUUACGCAUCUCCCGUCGACGUGUGGAGCACUGGCUGCAUCUUCGCUGAGAUGUUCAGGAGAAAGCCUUUGUUUUGUGGAGAUUCAGAAGUGGACCAGCUCAACAAGAUUUUUGAUGUGAUCGGGCUGCCCUCAGAGGAGGAGUGGCCGUCUGACGUGACACUCUCCAGGAAAAACUUUCGCCCGGUUCCUCCUCGACCGAUCACCGAAGUCGUCCCGGAGAUCGACUCACAGGGCGUCCAGCUAUUACUAAAAAUGUUGACUUUUGACCCGUUCGCGCGGAUAUCAGCCGUGAACGCACUCGAGCACCAGUAUUUCAAGGACGAGGAGACGGCGACAGAAACGACGGAAACGAUGAAAGCGACGAAAACGACGAAAUGAGCGGCGCCCGAACACGUCGCGGAGGAGCCAGUCUUUGGACGCGCCGCGGAGGGUUCGGCUGCGUUGUUAGUCCAGUGCCUUUAAAACACGCUUAGAUCGUUCAUGUUGUUCUUGUGUUUUUUUGUUUUGUUUUUUUUAUUCUUAGAUUUUUAUUAUUCAAGAAACAUCAAGGACCAAAUGUAGAAGUACGUAUUCGAAUUCACUGUUGAAGGCCAGAAUGGUUUGGAAUGGUUGAUGCCACUUUCCCGCUGAGUGAUAUGGUAAAGGUUGGGUCCAUUUAUCAUAAGGGCAGCCUCAGUAUUUUUAUACUAGAUAGUAAUCCUAGCUGAUAUUUGUACAUGUAGAUUAAGGUUGGCAUUAGUCUCCCGGUAAAGUUAAGGUCAACUUUACUGCCCCCAUAGGGAUAUUAUUGGUCCUUUUGCAUUUGACCCUUCAGCCAUAGCGUUUGUCCACCGAUCCAAACGUUGACGGUCCAAGUCGCGUACUAAACGACAUAAACACCCUUGGUGGAGCGGUGCGAUUCCCGUCGUUGUGGCCUUGCGCAAGGCGCUUAAAGGCAAGGCAAGGCAAGUUUAUUUGUAUAGCACAAUUCGUACACAAAGUAAUUCAAAGUGCUUUACAGAAUAAGAAAUACAUUAAAAUCAUAAUAAAAACAAAUCAAAACAUAAAUAAUCAUGAAGAUUAAAAUUUUAAAAAAGAGAGACAUAAAUUGGAGACAAGAGUGCGGAAUGAAAACCUUUCAGUUAUAUGCACAGUUAAACAGAAAUGUUUUGAGUCUGGAUUUAAACAGCGUCACAGAAGAGGCCUGUCUCACAUGUUCAGACUGUUCCAGGUUUUAGCUGCAUGAACCUGAAACGCUGACUCCCCUUGUUUAGUCCUGACUCUGGGCACCAGCAGGAGGCCGGUCCCUGAGGUCCUCAGAGUGCGAGAUGGUUCAUAUGACACUAACAUGUCACAGAUGUACUUUGGUGCUCGGCCAUGGAGAGACUUGUACACAAGUAGAGCUGAAAGAGACAGUCCGGAAUUUUGGACAUAGGGGGCAGAGUGUUGGAGAUGUACGGAGACACUUUUUUAAAUAUUCCAUCCAGUCCUUGUAUUUGCAGAGGUCACUGGUGCUAGGCUAGUGAAUGUCAAUGGCCAUAGUUAGCCUGCCACUUAAACAAAACAAAAAAAUUCUUCAUUGUUUCUUAGAUUUUGUGUUUAAAUGAAUAAUGGAAAAAAACGGAUGUUGUUGUGGUGUAGUCCUGUUUUAGUUCUGGUUCAGUCCUGGUUCAGUCCGGCAUCGCAGUUUAAGUCACGGAAACGGGAAACGGCCGUUAUCCGUUUUUUCCAUUAUUCAUUUAAACACAAAAUCGAAAACUGAAAAAAAUGAAUCGUUAUCUGGUUUUGGAGACAAAUGAAGAAAAUGGUUGUUUUUUUAUUUUUAGUUUUAUUUUGAAAAACGAAUGAACCCAGGACACACUGGAGGGAUUAUGUCUGUAGGCUGGCAUGGGAACGCCUUGGAGUCCCCCCGGAGGAGCUGGAGGACAUGUCUGUGGUGAAGGAAGUUUGGGAGUCCCUGCUUAGGCUGCUGCCCCUGUGACCCGGCCCCGGAUAAGUAGAAGAAAAUGGAUACACGGAUUGUUUGAUCCUGGUUUAGACUUGAUGUAGCCCUGGUGUAGUCUUAGUUUAGUCCUAGUUUAGAUAAAAUUUGUCAAAAAUAGGGACACCUUUUCACAUUUCUUGUAUAAAACUGGGACAAAUCACUGGUUUUGGAUAAACCUGCUGGGACGGGGGACACCAGAAUCAAAACUGGGACUGUCCCGGGUAAAUGGGGAUGUUUGGUCACCCUAUGCCUGUGUUAAAUGUGUUCGCAGCAGUGAAUGAGUGAGUGUGUCAGAAGUAACCUGGUCAAUACUCUAACUUGUUGGUCGGACUAUUGAUACAUUGCAGUAACUGGGAGUGUUCUGCAUGUAUGUCUAUAGCGGGAUGUUAAGCAGUUACCGUGUUGACAAAUGUGCAUUGCUAAUAUAGUCUGAACCUUAUGAAAAACACAAAUUGAUGACCUGGUGGCAUAUGUUUGGUGGCAUCUGCUGCAGAGAAUCAACUGUGGCUGUUUUAAGGUGAAUUAAUUAAUUUAAAAGAAUGUCCAAACUCCACAAAAACAUGCCGCACAUUCCAGAAAUUAAAUUCAGAAUGAGGAAGGAGUCGUCACGCUGCCUAAAUGACUUCUGAUUUAUGAAUGGAAGCACAAGAUAUCGUUUCUGAUGUCGAUCUGUGGCGUUAUGUGGACAAAAAACUGAUAACUUGACUGAUCAAAUCCAUAUCGUACCAUUCCUCGUUUCGUUAAGCCAUUCUUCCUGUAUUUUCAUUUGUACCUAAAGCAGCGUUGUCUAUGGGCCAAACUCGGCAGACUACAAUAUCUGUUUUUAGAAAGUGGACCAAAUUGACUCUUGGGACUCGGAACCAAGAAAAAGUAGUUCAGUGGAAUACAGUGGAGUUUUUGUACGUUUGAAUAGUAUUUUGCUUUGAAAUCUUGCCUGUUCUGACCCAAUCUGUACCAUAUCACUCUGAAGUUAACAAGCAUCCAUCUAGACUGAUUUCUUAACAUUAAAAUGCCUUUUAGUGUUUUUAGCCAGUAAAAAUCAAAAACAAAGUUGCCAUAGUGGUUUGUCGAACGUAGCUGCUCAGAUUUUACUUUUUAUGUUUUUAAUGUUUUAUGGUUCAAGUUAAAGCAUCAUGAAUCUGCAGCGCAAAAAAAAAAAAUCACGUAUUUUUAAAAGCAAAAAAGCUCAAUUAAACGCACAACAGAACCUCAUAUAUUCUGACAAGGCCUUAAGCAACACACACAAAAACAUUGUCAUUUCUUGAUGUAGCCAGGCACAAGUUAAUGCAAGAGUCAAUGGAUUUUAGAGUUCAGAAUCAAAUCUGCACUGAUCAGCCAUUAUUAUCUUUAUUAUCAAUAUUAUUAAUAUUAUUAUUAUUGUUAUUUUUAUUGUUGUUCUGAUCACUUGGGGAUUGUGUGAACUUUUUGAUUUCAAAAUUGGAAGUGAAAUUAUUAGUGAAGUUAAUUAGUGAAGAUGAAACUGAGGGCUAAGAGAACUAGAUCAGAGCUUCUCCAAUCUGAUGUUGGAGAUCUGGUUCGGGCCUGGGUUAAAGCAUGAGUUGGACCUGGUUUAGACUUUGUUUAAUCCCGAGUUAGACCUGAGUUGCACCUGGUUUAGGCCUGAGUUGCACCUGGUUUAGGCCUGAGGUGCACCUGGUUUAGGCCUGAAUUGCACCUGGUUUAGGCCUGAGUUGCACCUGGUUUAGGCCUGAGUUGGACCUGGUUUAGACUUGGUUUAAGCCUGAGUUAGACCUGAGUUGGACCUGGUUUAGGCCUGAGUUGCACCUGGUUUAGGCCUGAGUUGCACCUGGUUUAGGCCUGAGUUGGACCUGGUUUAGACUUGGUUUAAGCCUGAGUUGGGCCUGGUUUUGGCUUGGUUUAAGCCUGAGUUGGGCCUGGUUUUGGCUUGAGUAUGGAUUUAAGCCAGGACUAACCCCGGUCUGAUUUAAACCUGUCUUAGCCCUGGUUUAGUCCUGAGUUAGACUUGGCUUAGACCUGAGUUAGAACUGUUUUUCCUCCUGUCUUAGUCCUGGUUUAAAUCCUGGUUUAAACCUGACUUAAAUCUGGUUUGGUCCUAGUUUAGACCUGGUUUAGUCCUGUCUUAAAUCCUGAGUUAAAUCUGGUUUAGAUCUGGUUUAGGUUUGAGUUUUACCUGGGAUAGAUCUGGUUUAGUUCAGUUCUUGCGGGACAGUUUCACUUUGCAGUGGCCAGCAGCAGUCCUGCUUUAGUUCUGUGUCAGACCAUUUUUGUCCUGGGUUAGGCCUGGGUUAGGCCUGGUUUAGACCUGGUUAGACCUGGUUUAGACCUGGUUUAGACCUGGUUUAGACCUGGUUUCAGACAUUUCUUGUUCUGCAGGUGGUCAUAACGUAGUGGCUGAUCGGUGCGCAUUAUAACCUUUAUUUACAUCAAACUGAACUGAUAUGAAAUAAAUUGACCUUUGACCUUUCCACUAUGUUUCCAUAUUUUGAUGUUCACUUGUAUGUUGAUAUUCUGCCAAACCCAUGUAAAACCAGCCGUCACUGCCAAAAGACACAGCAGACUGUAAUUCUAUUCACUAACUGUAGUCCAAUACAUGCAACUGUUUGACCAAAUUCUGUGAAAUCACCUGAAUUUAAACAUAUUCUGUGAAAAUGUCUUUAUUUUACUACUAACAAUAAAAUGCAAGAAACACAA